AUGAUGAAAACGUCUCAGUUGAUUUUCUCGCAGCUCCGCUGUCUCGCAGGCCCUUCGGCAGCUCGUCAGCGCGCCUUUCACAGAAGAUCCCUUGCAAAGAGGCUCGGCCUGCGCUACUCCUCCACGACUAAGAAACCAUCUCCUUCGAAAAUAAACGUCAUUCCAAAGAAGUCAAAAUUAGUGGCUGUCAAACCAGUCUCAAAAUAUACCGCAGCUCAACCUUGGAAGCCGACGGUUCAACGAGCUGCACCAGAGAAUGUUCUCAUCUAUCAUGCAGGAACAGGGCGUGUUGUUUUUCUUGGCAUGCUGCGUACAGCAACGAUUUUCGUCUGUGGUGUUUCAACCAUGAUCAUAGCACCAGCUUUUUUCGCUGAUGAAUUCGCCUGGUAUAUCGCACCACUGAUUGUUAUUGGCGGCGCACUGCCGCUUGCCUUUGUUUCCUAUACAACUGCGCCGUUCGUGAACAAUAUCUACCUCCAUCUCCCCAUUUUUGCACGAAAGUCACGAGAAACAGCAUUGGAGUACGUGAGGAAUCUACCACCGUCAGCUGAGGUAUCAAUAAGAACUAUGAAAAUCACAACAAUUCCCCGUACCACACAGAUUUUCUACUCUUAUCAUUUCCUCGAGAACAAGUCUUCAGGCUCAAGUCUCGUUCACACUGCAACGAACUCUAACUCGAGCAUCCAAUACCUUCAUCCAUUCCCAACCACCUUCAUCUUCUCAAUCAUCAAAUCAGAAGAGAUGGCUGGCAAGGACACCAAAGAAAAGGCUGAUGCCUCGUCCGGCCUGCCAAACCUUACUCAAGCUGAACUCAAACUGAUUGCCCUCGGUGCCAAAUUCACUAUCGGUGGAGCGGGCAAGGUUGACUACGAGCAAAUCGCCAAAUAUGGAGGAUACACCAAGGGUUCUGCCCAGGUGAUGUAUCGCAAGGUUCUCCGCAAGUUGACUGAUUCUUUGGACGCCUCUGGAGUCAACAAUGCUGAUGGCGGCGAUGCUGCUAUGCUUGGCUCCUCUGAGACCCCCGCAACUCCAGCGGCCAAAACACCAAAGACCCCCAGGAGUCGAAAGAGCAACAAGAGAACCAAGGGUACCACUGAGGAAGUAGACCCUGGCGAUGAAGCCUCUCCUAUGGUCCACACUCCAAGUGCUCCCGACGCUGAUGCCAUGAAUACCUUCCUCACUGGAGCUGGGGCGCUCGAUGGCUCUGAUACUGAACCGACCCCAAGCAAGCGUCAGAGGAAGUCUCCUAUUAAAAAGACUCCCGCUAAAUCUUCCGCAGGUACUUCCAAGACUUUUGGGUCUCUGCUCUCAGACAUGCCCUUGGUCAAGGACGAAGAGGAUGCUGAAACAAGUAUCAAGAGCGAGGAGUGA